GCUCACAACUGGCGAACUAAGCUUCCCUCCUUUGUUUCCUUGACUCGACUCGUUCCCUCGUCACUACUUCUACUUCUUAAGGAGCACGAGGACACCUCCCCCAUUUCAAAAUGGGCGACACUCCGCUGGCCUCGCUGUCUUUGACUCACGUUCACUACAACCCCGAGGAUUCGCUGUCCUUUGCGUCGGCAUGGCUGGCGCUACUGCCCCAGGCCCUUUGCGUCUCCUAUGCCACCCUGGUCUGGGCCUCGAGAGAGGUGGAGGUGAUCCUGAUGUUCGCUGGACAGCUGGGCUGUGAAGCAUUGAACUUUGUGCUGAAGCGCAUCAUUAAGGAAGAGCGCCCGAAGGAAAUGUUCGGCAAAGGUUACGGCAUGCCAUCCUCCCACGCUCAAUUCAUGACUUAUUUCGCCAUCUACUUGACCCUUUUCCUGGUGUUCCGACACUCUCCAUCUUACGCAGGCUCCUAUCCUUACUCUGAUUUCUUACUCCGAACUGCCCUGGCGGUGGGGCUUUGUGCCAGCGCGGUCGCAGUUUCAGCCAGUCGUGUCUAUCUGAGCUACCAUACCCCCCGACAGGUUCUGGCAGGCUCCGGGGUUGGUUUCAUAUGCGCCUGUAGCUGGUUCGUGGUCACUGGGCUUCUCCGACGCUCCGGUUGGAUUGACUGGGUGACGGAAUUGACCCUAUCUCGUCUAUUGCGAAUUCGCGAUCUGGUGGUAAGUGAAGACUUGGCCGAGGCCGGCUGGCAACGAUGGGAAGCGCAAAGGUUGAAGAAGCGCCACAGUGAAGUGGGCAAGUCGGACUGAGGAGAUAUCUGUAAAGGAAUACUAUAGCUUUUUGUAUAGUCACGUUGUUGGUUGUCUAAAUUCUUUAUAAGGGCCAGUCUACUGGACAUCCCAUCUGCUAUAGGUUCGGCAUUUACGAAGUGGGCCACAUGUAAACAUAUUUUGACCAAAUCACAACCAUCUCG